UAUGAGCACUAAACACACUCGCUCAGCUCCCUAUCAGAGUGAUAGAUUUCGGAUUACGAAGCCUCGGGUAAGUGAUAGGGAAUCAACUAAAAUACACUGGUUGGUUGUUCAUACCUCUCACUGUAACGAGACAAUAUUCAGCAACAUCAGGACGUCGACAUGGCACACUUAUUCAAGUCCUUAUGAACAUACAGGGUUCGGUCCACCGAGCAAAAGAGCCGGCCGGGAAGCAUUCACCCGUGAACAGCAGCCGGGCUCACGAGCGCGACGGGACCGCGACGGGUGUCAGCGCACGUGGCGCCAGGGGCUGCGGGUUCGGGCGCUCAUGGUGGCGGCACUAGACCGAGGGGAGGCGCGAGCACGCGACGUGCUCCAUGGCCGUGCCCGAGCCGCGUCCAGGUAUCGACCGCGACCGGCCGCGCGCCGCCCAGCGACUGACGCGCGACCCUUGCGCGCGCAUCCUCCGCGCCGUGCCCCGCACCCGCCAACUUCAACUCGAUUCUAA